AUGCCUCACGCAGAAAACGGAACAAUGGCUGAGCCAGUUGUCAACGGCGAGAUGGUCCACUCUCACUUCCUCGAUCACCUGACCUCAUACCCGGUCGUCUCAGACUCGAUCGCUGUCUUCAAGAGCAACAAAUAUGGUGCCAAGUCGCUGGAGUAUGCCGAUCAAGGUUAUGCUCGCCUAGCCAAGCCGGUCCUUCCUUAUCUGUCGAAGCCCUACGGAUAUGUUGCGCCAUACAUCGCCCGUGUCGACACUCUUGGUGACCAAGGCUUGACCAAGCUUGAUACAUCCUUCCCUAUCAUUAAGGAGGAUACGGACAAACUCAAGGGAACAAUCUAUGACACUGCCUAUCUCCCUGUGCGUCUUGCCGGCGACGUGAAGACCCAUGUCUACGACACCUUUGGAUCGGAGUACAAGAAGUGCGGCGGUGACGGCGUGGUUGCAAGCGGCAAGGCUGUCAUUAGCACUGGCUUAAUUCUAUCCCAAGAAUCGUUGACCUAUAUCAACUCCGUCCUUCAGAAGAAGAAGGCUGAGGCCAAGGAGGCUGUCAAUGACAAGGCCAACUAA